CUAAAAUAAAGAACAUGACCAUUAUGGAGAUUACAAGAUUUGUAUUAGUGUAGAAAACUUUUUUUUUAUAAUGGUGACAUAUUUUAUUGUUAAUACAAAAAUUUAGUUAUGAACAUGAGCAACACAAGAUGCACUUAGAAACCACACUUAUGUGAUACAUUUACAACAACAGAAUUAACAUUGCUAAAUAAUCACAAUAAGAAAAUGUAAUCUCUAUCGAUACGUUCUAUAAUAUAAGUCUAUAGGUUUAUCACUCUGCAUUAGCAACAUUAAAAGGUUUCUCUAGACAUCAUGUUGAAACUUCCAGCAAUGCAUCCUCCUUGUUAGUAUAGAAAAACUUACUCCGUUAUAUUAAAAAACGUAUUCCAACAUUUUGGGGAUUAAGCAGUAGACACAACUGUUAAGAAAUACAAGGUUAUUGCCAAUAAUUUAUGAGUGAAAUGUUGUCUUGGAAGAAGAGUUGAAGAAGAUAAACAAAUGAAAUCGACGAUAAACAAAAAAUAAAGAAGAAAACUAUCAACUAUCCCAGUCUCCACAACUUUGUCAAGUUGUCUAGCUGCUGAGAUAAACUGCUUAAGUGUGAAGUUAGAGUUUGACAUUUUGAACCUGGAAAAUGAAGAAGUUUAUCAACUAGUCAGAAAGCUUACUAUAGCAGAAAAGAAAGAAGAUUAAAAAGACAAAUUCAAAACUUGCUACUCAAUCAUAACGGUAUCAAAACCAACCUUAAAGACUAAUAAGAAAUCUAAUACCUAAGGAUCAAACAAACAGUGCAACCAAACAACAUUAUACAAUCUACAAUCCAACCAUCCAACUCAUUAAAAAAAAAACGACCCGAUAGCCCAAUCAUCCAGCUCUUUAGCUUUGUGAUAACAAAAUCUCUACUCAAAACAAGUCUUAAAAAACAAGUAAUGAAUAUAAUAACAAAUGAAAAAACAAAAGAUACAACCAAACCAUCCAUACGCAAUCUAACCAACCUUAAAAGAAUAACAAGUGAUCCAAUGACAAAUAAGCGAAAAGAACAUACAACAAAAUCAUCAAUACACAAUAUACCAUUGUCAAUUCUCAUUCCAAAGCAUAAUCAAAGCAACUGUCCAAUCAUCCAAUUUCUCGUGAAGCAAUGUCAUCUUUUUGUUAUGACUUGAUAAACGAACCCGAGACAAACAAAAUUCUAGAAAACGAAAGAGAAAGGAAUAACCAACUAUUUGAUUUGACAUUCAUCAAAUAUCACAACCACAUGACUCUCUCUUUCAUUCCCCGCUACAGUUUGUAGGGUUGAGAUGAUUAAAGCGAAGACUUUGUGGUUAGGGAUCAAUGAAGCUCUACAAUCGAGUUUCUCUUAUCAUGUGAUUGAGUUGGAUUUUCAAUCUCUAAUACACCUCAAACGAGUUUGAUUUUUUUUGUGUGAAGAUGAAGUCGUGCAAUUUUAGAUAAAAGUGUGCUAAAAUCCACAGUAAAAUGGUGUCACUAAAAUAAAGAACAUGAUCAUUAUGGAGAUUACAAGAUUGGUAUUAUUGUAGAAAACCCUUUUUGGAUAAUUAUGACAUACUUUAUUGUUAAUACAAAAAAUUAGUUCAUGAACAAGAGCAACACAAGCUGCAGUUAUAAACCACACUUAUGUGAUGCAUUUACAACAACAGAAUUAACAUUGCUAAAUAAUCACAAUAAAGAAACUGUAAUCUCUAUCAAUAAGUUCUAUAUCAUAAGUCUAUAGGUUAAACACUUUGCAGCAACAACAUUAAAAGCUUCCUCUAGACAUCAUAUUGAAACUUCCAGUAAUGAAUCAUCCUCGUUAGUAUAGAAAAACUUACUUCAUUAUUAGAAAAAAAAACUUACUCCAACGUUUUGGGAAUUAAGCAGUAAACACAAUUGUCAAGAAAACAAGGUUAUUGACGAUUAUUUAUGAGUGCAAUGUUAUCUUAAAAAGAGGAGUUGAAGAAGAAAAACAAAUGGAAUUGACGUUAAAAAGCAAAUGAAGAAGGAAACCAUUGAUGCAAAAAAUGAAUGAAACAAACAUAGAAGUCAUGGUCAAUCUCAUGAAGUAAAUGACAAAAAAAUGAAUAUUCUAUGAGCAAGAGUUAAAUUGGGAAAGUUAAUUCUAGAAACUUUCACAAAAAUUAAACAAAUGAUUAGACUAACAUAUGGUAAGGGUGGUGUCUGUUACGAUAUGCGACGCUCACUUUGAGAGCAUAAUUAAUAGUUGAAGGAUUGUGAACUCGUAUUGGAGCGCUUAUAUCGAGAAUUUAGUGGUAGAGUGUUCUGUACUAAAAUCAUAGUUUAAUUGUGUUUCAACAGUUUCAUACCGUUAAAAUCGUCAACAAUUUUAGGGUCUAGUACCCAAUAUUAACAGUUAGAGAUGACAAUUUGAACCCACCCUGCUUCUUUACCUGCGUGGGUAUUACCCGCUCUGACUUGCAGUAGUUUGGGGUGGGACAUUGGUAUUGAGGUACUCGCCCCAUUGCCAUCACUAUUUCCAAUGGGGCGAGUACCCCUCUAUUAGUAGAGUGUUCUGAAAUAUUGACAUAAUGGUCCAUUGUUGUGAUAGUACUCUUCAUGUAAAAAAAUAGCAUUUUGUACCCCUCUAUUAUUACAAAUUAACAAUUGUACCACUGUACUAAAUUUUUGCACAAGCAUACCUUUCUAAUAUCAAAACAUAACAAAUAUACCCCUUCGUCUAAUUAUCUGUUAAUCAGCCAUUUAACGAGUUGAAAAAUUACUAAAAUACCCUCAUUUAGUUCUCAUUUCAUUUUUAUUUUGUUUCAUCACAAGUCAAACCAAUUAAAGCCUACCCUUAAACAAAACCCAUCACCUUUCUUUAACCUUUUCGCCUUCCUCAAUCACCAACGUAGAGAGUCCGGCGCCAUUUAGUUUUAGAAACUAAAUGAGGGCAUUUGGGUAAUUUUACCGUUCAUUAAACGGUUAGUUAACAUAUAAUUACUUAAUUGGAUGGAGGAUUAUUUGUUACGUUUUAAUGUUAAAAUGGUAUAUUUAUGUAAAAAUUUAAUAGAUGGAUAUAUUUAUUAAUUUGUAAUAGUAGAGUGAUAGAAAAUGCUAUUAACCCUAAAAAUAUUAAACAACAAAUAUACAUGUAUUUUCUUUUUAUUACUAUUACUAUGAAAUUCAUAACUGAAAUAGUUAAUAAAUGAAGUGCUUUUCUUUGCUUCUCCCUAUAAAACCCACAAACCAAUUUCCCCCAAAUUCUUUUACAAAAAACAAACACAAACUUUUCCACUUUCUCCAACAAAUCCCAAAAUCCAACACUUCCUCUUGUAUUUUGGCAGUCUAGUUGACAAUCAGGUUGUGAACCAGACCUUUUUUUUUUAUUAAGAUUUGAGGCUCUAAGAAGAUUAUUUUUCUAAAUAACCUGAAAACUAAAGAAAGAGACCCGUUCAUCCCAUCCUGUUAAAUGUGAUAGAGAAAAGACAUUUGUUAACACUCGUAAUUACCAAACAAUGAAUAUUAAUAAUUCAAAUUGUACAGAUUUAAACUCUAAUUCUCCAAACUACCCAUAUGAUGCUUGGCACUCUCUCGUCAAAAAGAGGUUUCAAAUGGAUCCUCUUUCUGUAUUUCACAUUUCUUACUCCUUCCUUCUCUGCUCGGUUGUUGUCUUCCAUCUUUCUCAAAGAAGGAAAUUUGAUGAAGAAAGAGGCGGAAGAGAGGAUGAACCAGUUUUGCAAUUCUGGCAAGUUGGGCUGUGCGUCAGCUUUUACCAGUAUGGGUGGUUUCCAUUUAGGUGAAGGAUGAUGAUGAUGAUGAGUAUUGAUGCAUGGAUUCAUAUUAAUGUUACUUUGGAAUUGUACUAUCACCUAACUUAACGGCUUGCCGUUGAAGUUGACAUAUAUGUAAUAAAUCACCUCAUAACUCACUAUAAUUAUAAUUUACCAUUGAUAAAAUACUUCAUACGUGGCUUUUGGAGUGGAUUUCACGUUUUCACUCGAGUGAUGUGGUCUAUAUAUCUUAGUAAUGAAACUUGAGAGACCAAAAGUUAGUUCAUCAACAACGAGAGAGAUCUGUUCUAUAUAUCAAUUUGAUUUGUUGAGGCGACUGAAUACCAAGGAUGAAAAAAUCGUACCGUAACGGUUUUUUAUUAGAAAAACCUCCUAUUGGAAGCAAGAUCGAUAGGUGGUGUUUAGCGGUUGAAAUCGUUGAUCUAUUGUUAAAUCACAAUUUAAACAUUAAAUAGUUUACCACUGACUUUUCCUAUAUGACCUCUGCUAUAGUUAUUUAAUCCUUGGGAAAUACGUGUUUACGACUUCAAUAGUUAGUUUUUUGAUUGAAUAGUUAUAGUGAGUAUAUGUGGUAUGAAUGUUCUACCUCAUCUCUUUGCAUCAUGGUAGUGCAAUCAUAAACACAUGACGCAAUUUUGUGCUCUGCCACAUGACUGAGGCAAAAUCUUGUUUAAAUUGCAAAACUUUUCAAUAUAUGUAACUUUUAUAAGGGGACAAUUUUAGAAGAGGGCAUAUUUUUGGAUUUUAGGGGGUUCGAAGACAAUUUUAGGCUUAUUAUCACCUUUGAGAAAAAUGCUACACUAAUAAAAAUUGCAGUUCAUGAAAACGUUGGUUGCACCUCGACUCGUUUACUAUAAUAUUAGCUCGUAUUUAUCUCGAAUUCCACUUAUUAAUGAAUUUACAACUUCUACUUGAAUUCUACUCAUCAAUAAGAUACAUUUACGAGUAUAAUAAAACUUCAAACUUAUCAAAAUUUUACCAUUAAGUACAUUUAUAAUAAAUCUUCAACUAUCAAAAAGUGUACCAUAAAUACUUUUAGGGUAAAUUAAUAAUCUAAGCAAGAAUGUUUUAGAAAACGGUGUUAUUUAACCUUUUGAUUUUGAAAGGGGAAUUAUUAAUAAAAUCGUUAUGCAAAU